CUGACUGGGCAGUCGCUGGGGUUAGAAUAGAUUUUAGUCUAUGAGUUGUUAGCUUCGGAGUGAGCAGUGCAGGAGUUUUCUCUGCCACAAAAGACAUUGGCCUUGCUUCAAGCAACGCUGGGGCAUGCGUUGGAGUCUACCCAGGAAGUGCUCUGAAAGGAGAGCUUGUUUAGAGUCCGACCUGUUUCUCUAUAUCUCCCCGCACUUUGUGUGGUGCUCCAGUAUAUGCUGAGGUUACCCUUCAGCCUAACAAGCUCGCAGUUAUAUUUCCAGCCUGGCUUUAAAGAACCAACUUGCCUUUAACUCCUGAAAGAGGGAAUUUUUUAUUUUUUUUAAAAAGAGAUGGCUUCAACCUUCAUGUGUGGAAUGGAAGAUUUGCUGUAUAGUGGCAGUCGUUUUCUGUGGACUCUGACAAUAACAGCUUUGAGAAGGUGGUACACAGAGAGAAUGCGGUCUUGUGAGCAAAUGCUAAGGACUUGGUGCGGACUACGUGAGAUUUACCAGAUGGCGGAAGGUCGACACUGUCAGGUUAACCUCCUGGAUGACAGAAAACUGGACCUACUCGUUCAGCCUAAGCUUCUGUCAAGGGAGCUGUUAGAUCUGGUGGCAUCUCAUUUCAACCUCAAAGAGAAGGAAUAUUUUGGAAUAACAUUUAUUGAUGACACAGGUCAGAAUAAUUGGCUGCAGCUGGAUCGCCGAGUAUUGGAUCAUGAUUUGCCGAAGAAAACUGAACUGGUGGCCUUAUUCUUUUCAGUCAAGUUUUAUAUUGAGAACAUAUCAUUUCUAAAGGACAUUACCACUGUGGAAUUAUUCUUUUUGAAUGCAAAAUCCAGCAUUUACAAGGGCGACAUCGAAGCGGACAGCGAGACAGUGUUCGAGUUGGCUGCUCAUGUCUUGCAGGAAUCGAAGGGCGAUUACAUCAGCUCUGAGACUGCGAGGGAAGAACUGAAGAAGCUCCCUGCCCUUCCUACCCGAGCAUUACAGGAGCACCCAUCCCUUGCAUAUUGUGAAGACCGAGUGAUUGAUCAUUAUAAAAAACUGAAAGGACUCAGCAGAGGGCAGGCGAUUGUCAAUUAUAUGACCGUGGUGGAAGCUCUUCCUACUUAUGGUAUUCAUUACUACGGAGUAAAGGAUAAACAAGGGAUUCCCUGGUGGCUUGGAAUUGGUUGUAAAGGAAUUGGGCAAUACGACUUUCACGAUAAAGUGAAACCAAGAAAGAUUUUCCAGUGGAAACAGCUUGAAAAUUUAUACUUUCGCGAAAAGAAGUUUGCGGUCGAGGUUCACGACCCUCGCAGAGUGCCGUUGUCAAGAAGAACAUUUGGACAGCCGAGUCUGGUGGUAAAUACCUGGUAUGCCAGUACCUCACUGAUAAAAUCCAUUUGGGUGAUGGCAAUAAGCCAACAUCAGUUCUACCUGGACAGAAAACAGAGCAAAGCAAAGAUCCCAUCGGCAAGAAGUCUCAGCGAUAUUGCAAUGGACUUGACUGACACUGGAAUGCCCAAAGCUUCUAAACAGACAAACGAGGAAAGAAAAAUUCCAGUUAUAACAGCUAGUAAUGGCAGCCUAAUUUCCUCAGGUUCUCAGGAUUCUGAAGUGAGUGAUGAACUGAAAAAAGAAAAACGAAUUGCACUGAAACUGCGUCAAAGUGCGUUGGAAGAUGCCCUCAACCUAAGGACGGAGGAGUUAAAGAAAAUCUGUUUGCGAGAAGCCGAGUUAACUGGAAAACUACCAAAAGAGUACCCGCAAACCCUGGGUGAAGAUCUUCCACGUGUGAGGAGACGGGUGGGAACGGCGUUCAAACUGGAGGACUCCCUACUGCAAAGUGAAGAGGAUCCGCACUUACAAAACCUGGAAAGCAAAUUUGUCAUUCAGCAGAAAAUAGUGGAAGCUGCAAGGAAACUGGCCAACGAUCCCGAAAUAGGCAAGAACGUUAAAAGGAAGAGGAAGCAAGACUACAUUGAGGCUCUGAAGAAGCUGCAGGAUAUCGAGAAUGCAAGUAACGAGUACAGAAUAAAGAGUGGGAGGAAACCAAUUCCAAGAGCCUCCCUCAUACUUCCUGAUGAGAUCAUACCCUCGGAAACCAGUUCUUUAUCGGACACAAACACAGCAGACGAUGAUGACGUGCGUGGUGUGCAAAGAAAGCGAUCCUUUUCCAGCCAGCAACCACCGAGGCCACUUCCACCGCAGUCUCUCGAGCUCAAACAGAGUCGGCAAAGGAGGAGUUCUGCAAGUGAACAGCUACACGAUAAAGGACAUCUAGUCCAUCCUAGAUUCAACAACAAUGAAGGUUGCUACUUGCAGGAUAUUCUGCACGGCCACAGGGAACUGAGCUCCACACACAGCAGCCCUUACAGAUCCCAGGGUAGACAAUGCCAGGGAGGGAGAAGUAUGCCGGCCACGCCAGUACUGACUCGCAAUGCUUACAGCAGCAGCCAGCUACGGCAGACGCUAGGCGGCAGCUUGGAAUCCCAGUCCAUCUCCUGGAAGAGGUUCCCGGCUAGAGGGCCAUUUUCCCCCUCACGGCGGCCGCAGCGCAGCAGCAGCACGGAGUUGCUGGACGAUGGCUCGUCCUACACCAGCCAGUCCAGUGCCGAGUACUACAGCGCCCCUAUGCAAGCCCCCCCAGUACUACAACACCAUCUACAGUCGAGACUACGGUCGCUUUUACCAGGAGGAUUGGAGGCCAUGUCUCAGAACCCGUAUGCCACGCUGAGGAAUAUGCGCAGGAGAGGCGCCAAGAGUGAACUAACCAAAAACAUUCAGAAAGCGCUGGUGGCGGAGCUUGCGGGGAUGGUACAUAGCGAGCGUCUGACUCACAAGGAUCACGGCCUGCAGGCAGGUUUGGACUCCGAGAGAGGCUCACAGCAGAGUCCUGUGCUUCACGUAUAUGCAAGGCCGUUCUCGCCGAACAACAGGGCUACGUCUUUCACAUCCGUUUCUUCAGCAGCUAGUAGGAACGUGCGGAGCCAGAUCACUGUGGGCGUCCAGGAUUUUGAUCAUUUACCUUAUGCAACUCCUUUCAAUAACUCCUACAGCAAUACAACAUUACACACCAGGCCUAGCUCCUUCCAGUCUUUUGGCGAUCCUUUUUCUGCUGCGCGCCACCAUUUCCCCACUGUCGGCACAGCUCCUACAAGUCACUCAUCUGCUCCUCCACCUCCUCCUCUUCCUCCUCCUCUUUUUCAUCCACUUCCACUUUCCCUCACAAAGAAAAGGAAGUGUUUCCCUAAGUGUACUGACUGCCGCCAACAUCGCGCCUACAGAAAUGAGAUAUCAUUAAAUACUCAUACGCAAAAUGUAGUCAGCGGUAACCUUAUCCAGAAAGAAUGUAUUCGGACAGUGGAGACACAGUGCAGCUGGAAAAUGACUUGUACGAAGAUGAGCAAAUGUUGCUAUGGCAUGAAGACUCUAAACCCGGGACUCUGGUUUAGGUGGCGACUAGCUAGCUGACCUUCCACCUUCCCUGUCCAACAAGUGGAAAACGUAAUCAGUGUGCCUUGCAUCCUUUUCGAUCUGUUUGAAAUGCUUUAUUUCUACUAAUAGGAAUCACACUCAGAACAUUUCAGUGUUGUUCAUAAGGUACUCUACCUGGAUGCCGGGAUGUUCAUUGUGCAGAAGAAGUGAAAGUUUUCUAAGUUCUACACUUCACAGUUCAGUAAAGGUUCCCUUAAUAACUACAGUACAUUCUAAAGACCAACCUCGCAGUAGAUUGUGUUUAAAUUGAAGCUCGGAAAAAUGGCACUUGGAAAUCAUUUUUUUUUAAACUGAAAAUGCACUUUUCAAGAUUAAGUUGAUGAAAGCAAGGGGCUCCUCAUUGAGUCUGGAGCAGAACAAGAGGAACUGUGCUUCACGCACAGGUAUGCAAGAGGACAAAGCAGGGUAGGAAGUAAAGGAGUACUUUGCAGAUUAUUAAAUGAAGGAUGUCUUGUACUUAGGCAAGAAACUGGUGACUCUCUGAUUACUUGGACAGAGUUUAGUGGGCUUAUAGAUUUUCAAAUGAUUAGUUGGACACCAGACCAGAAAUUAGUGAGAGAUGCAUUUUGUUAAGGUUUUUAUGGUCUUCCUAAAGCACAAAGAUUCAUCAUACUUGUGAUCUGAAAACCAAUGUUAAUUUAGCCCGUCGUUAGACUUGCAAAUAGGCUUUUUUUUUUGCAUGGGAGGGAGGGGGAGGGGAUGGAGUUAAUGAACUAUUGGUCCAUGUAAUGUCAAUUGUUAGUGGACCAAUAUUGAGUAGCACAAUUUACCAAGUUAUGAAAUUAUGGAUCAAAUGUAGCUAAACCGCUGGCGUUUCCUAAUAAAAAGCACAUGGCUUGAGAGAAGCAGGAAAAGACUAAAACGCAAUAAAACUUUUUUUAAAACAAAGAGCACAAUCCUAAAACUGGCAGUUGAAGUCAUAGCACAAUCUGGUUUAAAUACUUCAGUUUGAUUAUCUGUUCAAGUUAGGCAAGAGAGCUCUUGAUUGAGAUGGUACUGUUAUGAGACAUGUGACUCGGGUAGAGUACUAUUCUCUUGCGUCACCAGAAUGUAUUAAACUUGAUUUUAAAAACAAAAAUCCCAAUCAUUUCCGACUAUUCAAGAGCUGGCAGAUGUAUAUCAGACAGAUUAUGUAUUUAUGGUGAUGAAUGAAUGCUCUGCUGAGAUUCGAGAGUCAAUGGGUUGGGUGGUAAUCUUUUGACAACACCUCAUUGUCCUCAUUGCAAUCUCCAUCUCAAGGAGGAAGGUUGGAAAAUAAUGGUUGUGAAGUGCGGAGGGAAGAAUCACCCACAGUUUGGACUUCCACUAUUUACUUGUGACUUUUUGAAGAAUGACUCAAACCCAGAGAUACUGUAGUGGUUGACCCCACGGUCAAAUAACAUUCCUGUCCACUUUCGCAUGGGAUCUUUGGGCAUUAGGACCCAAGUCCACGAAACAGUCUCUCAGCCAUGGAUUACCUUUUCAGAAGAGAAAAAAGGGAUGAAAUUGGUUCCUCGCUCUUUGGCCUCUCGUUAUCAUGGUGAGGUUCAGAGGAACAGGGCUCAAAACUCGUCUCUUAAAAGAAAAGUGAAUUAACAGAAACAUGAAUACAAAAAGGAACAAUCCACAAGUACGACUUCUGCAGGCAACAAAAUGAACCUUCGAUGUUUUCAUUUAUACAUGAAGUGCUCAUGAGGGUCACACUACCUCACUAUUUCUUUGAGAAUUAUAUACACGUUCACCAGUUUGGGGGCCAGGCAUUCAACUACGAUUGCAUGAAUUUUAUAUGUUGAAUUCCUGGCAAUUUUACUCCAAGCUCUUAACUGGUGACUCCAUGUUUUCCCUCGCUGGUGAUCCAUGGAAAGGUGCUGUCAUUUUCCUUUGUUUUUUUAUUGAUAAUUGUGUUUAUGUAAAGAUUUGAAUUGACUUUUUUUGUGAGCAUUUUUAUUAUUGUGUUUCCAAAGCAUGUAAUAUAUAGUAAAACUAAUUUGGUAAGCUGGUUCUAGUCAUUUUUUUAAUUCAAUGAGAAGUUUUCAAUUCAUGUGGAAAAUUUGGAACAAAGCUUUUAACUAUUCUUUUGCAUAUUGUACAGCUUUACCCAGAGAUACAGACAUUUUUGUGUAUGCCCUUACAUUAUACUCCUGUCUUCCUUGCUUUGAUAAAAAUGUGCUUUUAAGAAAAAAAAAAACAGGAGACCAGUAAAUAAAAGUGUAUGGAUAUCA